AUGAAACUAGACCCGAAAUUCGUUCAAAAUUUGUCUGAUGCAGCGAAUCGUAUGAGGAUUUCAGCGAUUCAGAUGACAUGUGCAUCAAAAUCAGGUCAUCCAACCAGCUCGUGCUCUGCCGCUGAAAUAUUAGCCACGUUAUUUUUCAGUGAAAUGAAAUUUGACGUAAGCCAACCAAAACAUCCGGCUGCUGAUAGGUUUGUUCUGUCCAAGGGACAUGCUUGCCCAAUACUAUAUGCUGCUUGGGAAGAAGCUGGACACUUGACACACGAGCAGGUGAUGUCGCUGCGUAAAAUCGAUUCUGAUAUAGAAGGUCAUCCUACGCCACGCUUGGAUUUUAUUGAUGUCGCAACUGGUUCGCUUGGUCAGGGUUUGUCUUGUGCGGCUGGUAUGGCCUACGUUGGGAAAUACAUUGACAAAGCUAAGUAUCGUGUGUAUUGUCUUCUUGGUGACGGUGAGAGUGCAGAAGGUUCUGUCUGGGAAGCUGCAGGCUUCUCCUCAUAUUACAAAUUGGACAAUUUGGUAGCAAUUGUUGACGUAAAUAGACUGGGCCAGUCCCAAGAAACGAUGUUGGGCCACGACGUAGAAACAUAUCGGAAACGUUUUGAGGCAUUUGGAUUUAAUGCUAUUGUUGUUGACGGUAACGAUGUCGCGGACCUCAUGAGAGGAUUUGUACUGGCACGGUUCUCAAAGGACAAACCAGCAGCUAUCAUAGCGAAAACUUUGAAAGGAAAAGGUAUUGAGAAUAUUGAAGACAAGGCUAUCGAAGCCCGUAUUGUGGACAAAAACGGUAAAGGAACUUUGAAAGUACAUAAACCGGAAGGUGAUGUUCCUCAAGCUAACUUAAACAUUGGCAACAUCCAUAUUGCGGCUCCAAACUACAAAAAAGGAGAUAAGGUAGCUACUCGAGCGGCAUACGGUACGGCCCUGGCUAAACUAGGCGACGCAUGCCCGCGGGUAAUUGGUCUUGAUGGUGAUACAAAAAAUUCAACGUUUAGUGAAAAGAUUCUGAAAGCCCACCCGCAACAGUUUAUUGAGUGCUUUAUAGCUGAGCAAAAUUUAGUGGGUGUUGCAAUUGGUGCUGGUUGCCGUGACCGGACUAUCCCGUUUGCCAGUACUUUUGCUGCGUUCUUUACACGUGCUACUGACCAGCUGCGUAUGGGAGCUGUUUCAUUUGCCAACAUAAAAUGUGCAGGCUCACAUGUCGGAGUUUCAAUUGGUGAAGAUGGCCCAUCACAAAUGGCACUUGAAGAUUUAGCCAUCUUUAGGUCUUUCCCAUCGUCCACUGUCUUCUACCCAACCGAUGCUGUAGCAGCGGAGCGUGCAACUGAGCUUGCUGCUAACACUCGCGGUAUUGUAUUUAUCCGCACUGGACGUCCGGCCAACCCCGUUAUAUAUGAUAAUAACGAACACUUUGAAAUUGGCAAAGGAAAGGUAGUGCGUGAAUCCGACAAAGACACUGUGCUUUUGAUUGGUGCAGGUGUCACUUUAUACGAGUGUUUGAAAGCAGCUGACACUUUGGCUGGUGAAGGCAUUCAUGCGGCAGUCAUUGACCCGUUCACGAUCAAGCCUUUAGACAAAGAGCUCAUUGCAAAACAUGCCAAACGUGUCGGGGGUAAAGUAGUCACUGUUGAGGAUCAUUACCCUGCGGGAGGUAUCGGUGAAGCUGUCUGUUCUGCCAUGUCAGAGGAAGGUAAUAUCCGAGUUAAGUCGCUCUGUGUCACUGGCGUUCCUCGUUCGGGACCACCUGACGCUUUACUUGAAAUGUUUGGUAUUUCCUCCACUCAUAUCGUGAAGGCUGUUAAACACCUGCUGCAUUAA